AGCGCCCCGCCCAAAGGAGGCGAGGCUUGUCCGGAAGCGGAAGUGACGUAACGGAAGGCUGCUGUUGCGGGGGGGGACUGUGUUGCCUGGAUACCGGGAUGAUCCGCUCCGCUGUUGACAUCCAGCCCGCCUGCCUGGGGCUGUACUGCGGCAGGGUCGUCCUGGCCGUCAAUGGCUCCGUGGAGGUCUACGGGGACUGCGGGGUGUGCCCCAGAGGGCAACGAACCGACGACAACAAAAUCUGCCGGGAGUGUGUGGGAUCCCCAGACCGCUAUGACUGGCUGUACCUGGGUUUCAUGGCCAUGCUGCCCCUCGUUCUGCACUGGUUCUUUAUUGAGUGGUAUUCGGGCAAAAAGAGUUCCAGUGCACUGUUGCAGCACAUCACUGCCUUGUUUGAGUGCAGCAUUGCAGCAAUUGUUACACUGCUAGUGAGUGACCCCGCUGGCUCUCUGCACAUCCGUUCCUGCAAGGUGAAGAAGCUGUCAGACUGGUAUACGAUGCUCUACAACCCAAGUCCUGAUUACAUCACCACAGUGCACUGCACUCAUGAAGCAGUCUAUCCUCUGUACACGAUUGUGUUUAUAUAUUAUGCCUUCUGCCUUGUGCUAAUGAUGCUACUUCGACCUUUUCUGGUUAAGAAAAUUGCCUGUGGCUUAGGAAAAUCUGAUCGAUUUAAAAGCAUUUACGCGGCACUUUACUUCUUCCCAGUCCUCACCGUGCUUCAGGCAGUUGGAGGAGGCCUGCUCUAUUAUGCCUUUCCAUACAUCAUUCUGGUGUUGUCUCUGGUUACAUUGGCUGUGUACUUGUCUGCUUCGGAAGUGGAGUCUUUCAAGGAUCUUCUUGUCAGGAAGAAAAGGCUUGUUGUCCUCUUCAGUCACUGGUUGCUUCAUGCCUAUGGAAUCAUCUCCAUUCCCAAACUGGACAAGCUUGAGCAGGAUCUGCCAUUGCUUGCCUUGGUACCUGCACCUGCCAUCUUCUACUUGAUGACAGCAAAGUACACUGAGCCAUCCCGCAUACUCUCAGAAGGUGGAAACGGACAUUAAAGGACAUUAAAAGGAUUUUGUGCCAACAGUGCUGUCCUAAUGAUCUGGAUUAAACAGGUUGAGUGCUUGUUUUGCAUUUGAAAGCUUCUGUUUUAAAAGAAGUUAUCUGUGUACAGGGCUUACAGGUGAAACAUUUUUGAAUAAGACUGUAGUAUUAAAAACCUUUGCUUCUAUGAAGAAGACAGUAUCUAGUGUAGAUGAAGGGAAUUGUCUGUAUUUAUCAUUGUGAAUCUGCAUAAAAGCUUCAGACACUUGUACAGUAUUUUGCUUGUAUUUGUUUAUUUACUAAUAUAAUAUUUUAGGCAGUGUUUGAAUAAAACAAGACAGCCUUUGGAAUAGAAUUUCAGUGAGGAGGGCUUGAAUAAAACACAGCAUUGGUUUUCUCAUCCCA